CGGUGAGGGCCGGGCGGGCGGCUCUGGGGACGCGGUGGGGAUGCGUGGCCGCUGCUGCUGUCACUGCCCUUCUUCCUCGGGGGGGUUUGGCCUCAGCGACGCGGGGCGAGCCGCGGAGCUGGUCCCAGACCAGCGGGGAAGUCGGCAGGCUCAGAGGUGCGCCCGUGGCGGGGGCGGCCGGCGGGCCUGGUUGUCACAGGGCGUAAGUAGUCGAAAAGAGGUCUCCUGAGGAAAUCCGCCUUGUGUGUUGGAGCGUUCUGGGCAAGCAGAGGUGAAGCACGUGUGUACGUUUCCUUUAUAAGCAGAGAUGAGGAGGCAUUACCGGCGAGGCAAGGAGAAGCGUGGAUGGAGCCGCCCCAGGCACGGCCCCCGCCGGCACAGGAGACCCGGUCACGGCAGCCGCGCCGCAAGUCUGGAACAGGAGGAACCACAGACCUCAGUGAAUGCAGGUCCCAGCAGCAGUGGAGAUCCUUCUUCAUCCAGUUCAACCCAGAACUCUGUAGUACCAGAACUGCCAGGAUUUUAUUAUGACGCAGAAAAGAACCGCUAUUUUCGCCUACUGCCUGGACAUAAUAACUACAACCCACUCACCGAGGAGAGCAUUCAGCACAAGGCGAUGGAGUGCAAAAGACUGAGACUGUUAGAAGAGGAAGAAAAACAAAGGAAGAAAACAACAAGGGCUGGACUGAAUUCACCUAUGCUGUUUCAGAAAAGGCAGCUGGGUUUGCUCAGCUCCACAAGUUAUUGCAGGCUAGUCCAUGAAUUAAAAGUAAACUGCAUGCAGAGGAGGAAGAUAGAAAUUCACAGUCCGGAUUCCUCAGUUGCUGGAACCAACAAUUUUAAAAUCAUUGUGGCAGAUGUUGCUUGUGAACGAAUAUUCACUGUGAACGAUGUAGAGCAUGGAGGAUGUAAAUAUGGUAUCAUCAAUCUCAGCGGUUUGGGGAAGGAGUCUCUCACUGUGGAGAUGUAUGACAACCUCUACUUCACAAACCGCAAAGUGAAUUCUGUGUGCUGGGCAUCACUGACUCAUCCAGAUUCUCAUGUUUUGCUGUGUCUCAUGGGAAUUGCAGAAACACCAGGCUGUGCCAGUCUGCUUCCAGCAUCAUUGUUCAGCAGCACUAACCCAGGAGAUCGACCUGGAAUGCUGUGCAGUUUCAAGAUAUCUACUGCCUGGUCCUGUGCUUGGUGCCUGAAUCCCCAAGCAGACAACUGCUUCAGCACAGGCCUGACACGACGAGUUCUUGUGACCAAUGUAGUGACAGGGCAUCGACAGACAUUUGGAACCAGUAGUGAUGUGUUGGCACAACAGUUUGCCAGACAGACCCCAGUGCUUUACAAUGGCUGCCGUUCAGGUGAGAUUUUCAGCAUUGAUGUGCGUCAACGUAACCGAAAGGGACAGAGCUGGAAAGCAAUUCGUCUCUUCCAUGGCUCAGCAGUUACAUCUGUUCACCUUAUGGAAGCUGAACAUUAUCUUAUGGCAGCAGAUAUGGCUGGAAAGAUAAAACUGUGGGACCUGAGGACAACAAAGUGUGUGAAGCAGUACCAAGGCCAUCACAAUGAAUAUGCUAUUCUCCCUCUGCACGUUAAUGAGGAGGAAGGACUCCUUACAGCAGUUGGUCAGGAUUGCUACACCAGAAUUUGGAGCCUCCAAGAUGCCCAUCUGCUUAGAAGCAUCCCUUCUCCCCACCCAUCAUCCAAAGAUGCCAUUCCUAGUGUGGUGUUUUCUUCAAGACUUGGGGGUCGCCGAGGAGUUCCUGGCUUACUCAUGGCUGUCAAACAGGACCUCUACCACUUCUCCUAUAUCUGACACAAUAUUCCUCUCAGACCCGAUCUACAAAGCUGCCAGUCUACACGUGACUUCAAAAUUUUUACACCAGUCACCAAGCUAUUAAGUCAUUAUGUGCUGCUCUUGCAUCUGCUUUACCUGUCUAAUUCUGGACCUCCUUCAGCAGGUUCAGCAAAUCUUGCUGUAUGAAUCUCGGACUUCUUGUAAAUAAAAGCUGAAUGCUGAUUAACUCUGUGGGCAA